GUGGUGAUGCUGCUGGCGCUGGUGAUCCUCAUCCCGGCGCUGGUGAGCUCGGCGGGCGCGGACGGGCGCUACGAGAUGCUGGGCACCUGCCGCAUGGUCUGCGAGCCCUACCCGGGCCAGGCGGCCGCCAGCGCCCCGCCGCCGCCCUCCACGCUGGUGCAGGGCCCGCAGGGCAAGCCGGGCCGGCCGGGCAAGCCGGGGCCGCCGGGGGAGCCGGGCCCGCCGGGGGCCAUGGGCCCGCCAGGGCAGAGGGGCGAGCCCGGCAAGCCGGGGCCCCCCGGCCCGCCCGGGGGCAGCGGCGCCUUCAGCACCGCCACGUACAGCACCGCGCCCCGCGUGGCCUUCUACGCCGGGCUCAAGAACCCGCACGAGGGCUACGAGAUCCUCAAGUUCGACGACGUGGUGACCAACCUGGGCAACAGCUACGAGGCGGCCACGGGCAAGUUCACCUGCAGCGUCCCGGGCACCUACUUCUUCACCUACCACGUGCUGAUGCGCGGCGGGGACGGCACCAGCAUGUGGGCGGAUCUGUGCAAGAACGGGCAGGUGCGGGCCAGCGCCAUCGCGCAGGACGCUGACCAGAACUACGACUACGCCAGCAACAGCGUCAUCCUGCACCUGGAUGCCGGCGACGAGGUCUUCAUCAAACUGGACGGCGGCAAGGCGCACGGGGGCAACAACAACAAAUACAGCACGUUCUCGGGCUUCAUCAUCUACUCUGACUGAGCUGCCGCCCGCUCGCCCUCGCCAGCAGACUGGGCAGGUUCCCCGGGACGGGGCCCAUCCUCUAGCCACGGCCUCCCUGCCACACAGAGUGCUGGGGAGGGCACCUGGCUGCCAACAGUGACACUCUGACAUCUGACCCUUUCGCUUCUCUGCUUUCCUCCCCCCAACAGCUACGUGGCCCCCGUGAGCCCCGUCUCACCCCCCGAUGACCC